UCCUGGAUUUUAUUCGGUUUGUUUGAAUAAGAAGAACACGGGAAUAUUAUUUUUUACCCAGAGUGUUGUUAACUUGUUGAAAAUACUUCCAUGUCGUUUUUUUUCCUCUCGUACUUUGCUACGAAUUUAUUUACGUGCCAGUAACAAACAUGGCUGCUGAUAGCUCAGCCCACAAAUUAGCCGACGUUCACCGUACAGAUAACGGAUGUAGAUGUACCUACCUUCUGUGCUGAGUAAAACUGCACGGGAUCCGAAAUGACACGCUGGGCUCGUAGAGGUAAUAGUGUUAUUCAGAACAGGAAAGUGUGUGCGGCCACACCAUGGGAAGAGCUCAAUAAGGAAGGUUCCUCAGAAACAUUGAAGAGAAAAACUCACGGAGAAGGGAAUGCUCACCAAGGUUACAGCAAGAAAAGGAAGAAGAAAGAUGUGUAUGUGAAUCAGGACGUGAAUGGCUUCAGAGACCAUCAAGAAAAUGAAGAGAUUGACCUUUUACUUACUAAGGACCAGCGCAGGGAAGGCAGGAGGCUCAAGAGACAGAGCACGAAGAGGGACAGCAUGGUGUGCUUCCACUGUAGGAAACCUGGCCACGGUAUGGCUGAUUGUGCAGAAGCACUAAGAUGUCAAGAGAUGGGGACAGGAAUCUGCUUUCGCUGUGGCUCCACAGAACAUGAAGUCGCAAAAUGCAGAGCCAAAGUGGAUCCUGCUCUUGGAGAGUUCCCCUAUGCCAAAUGCUUUAUAUGUGGAGAAAUGGGUCACUUGUCACGAUCGUGCCCAGACAAUCCUAAAGGAUUAUAUGCAGAAGGUGGCAGCUGUAGGCUUUGUGGUUCUGUUGAACAUUUUCAGAGAGACUGUCCAGAAAAGCAGAACUCAGCACAACUCACAGUCGGCAGAUGGUCAAGUGGAAUGAGCGCAGACUAUGAAGAAAUCCCAGUAGAUCAAAAAGUGCGGAAAGCGGCACCAAAAGGGCAGAAAAUUGUUACUUUUUAAUAGUUCUACUCUCAAUGAACUCCAGAAUACUCUUAAUGCUUCUAUAACUUUUUUACAUUCAACAAGUCAAACAACACUUAGUUAACUAUUAAAACAAAACUAUUAAAUACUAUUUUUUUUUUUAAAAGCGCACUCAUCAGUCAAUCCUAAAUAUGACAUUUGGGUGACUGAAAAAUAAAGCAGGUGAUUAGCAUGAA